GGUGAGGUCCCGGCCGGGCGGCCGGGAGCGCGGGACCGUAAGGAACGUCCCCGUCGGGUUCCAGAGGAGGCCGAGGCCGCGGGUUGGGGUUCGGCGGGCUCCGCUUCCUGCGGCCGGGCUGCGUGACCGCACGGGCGGCCCCGCCCUCCGCCCCGCCGCGUCGCCCCGCUUGAGGGAGGGGCCCCGAGCAUCCCGCAGUGACCCCGGCGGUGCGCGCGGGACCAGUUGUCCCCAGACCACGCACGAUGAAUGUAUGCAGUCCUUACCUGUCAACUUAAAAGCCCCGGCGACCGCGGCGUAGACGCCGGCGAGUGUCUACAGAGCGUGUUGCACCAUGACUCCCGUGAGAACCCAGCACUCCUUGGCGGGACAAACCUACGCUGUGCCCCUCAUCCAGCCAGACCUGCGGCGGGAGGAGGCCAUCCAGCAGGUGGCAGAUGCGCUGCAGUACCUACAGAAGGUCUCUGGAGACAUCUUUAGCAGGAUCUCCCAGCGAGUGGAGCUGAGCCGGAGCCAGCUGCAGGCCAUUGGGGAGAGGGUCUCCUUGGCCCAGGCCAAGAUUGAGAAAAUCAAGGGCAGCAAGAAGGCCAUCAAGGUGUUCUCCAGUGCCAAGUACCCAGCUCCAGAGCACCUGCAGGAAUACGGCUCCAUUUUCACAGGCGCACAGGACCCUGGCCUGCAGAGACGACCCCGCCAUCGGAUCCAGAGCAAACAUCGCCCCCUGGAUGAGCGGGCCCUACAGGAGAAGCUGAAAUACUUCCCCGUCUGUGUGACUACCAAGCCAGAGCCCGAGGAUGAAGCUGAGGAAGGGCUUGGGGGUCUUCCCAGCAACAUCAGCUCUGUCAGCUCCCUGCUGCUGUUCAACACCACUGAGAACUUGUACAAGAAAUACGUCUUCCUGGACCCCCUGGCUGGUGCUGUAACAAAGACCCAUGUGAUGCUGGGGGCAGACACAGAGGAGAAGCUGUUCGAUGCCCCUCUGUCCAUCAGCAAGAGAGAGCAACUAGAGCGGCAGAUUCCAGAGAACUACUUCUACGUGCCAGACCUGGGCCAAGUGCCUGAGAUUGACGUACCAUCCUACCUGCCCGAUCUGCCUGGCAUUGCUGAUGACCUCAUGUACAGUGCUGACCUAGGCCCUGGCAUUGCCCCCUCUGCCCCUGGUGCCAUUCCAGAAUUGCCCACUUUCCAUACAGAGAUAGCUGAGCCUUUCAAGCCAGACUUAGAGGAUGGGGUGCUAGCGGCUCCCCCACCCCCACCCCCACCUCCACCACCUCCCCUAGCUCCUGCAGUCCUGACCAGUGCACCCCCACCUCCCGUCCCUCAGACCACAGCCUCACCUGCCCAGGGUGCCAGGGAGGAGGAUGGCACCAGCAGUGCACCCCCAUCAGCUCCAGUCCAAGGAGCUCCCAAGGAAGUGGUUGACCCUUCCAGUGGUCGGGCCACCUUGCUUGAGUCCAUCCGCCAAGCUGGAGGCAUAGGCAAAGCCAAGCUGCGCAGUGUCAAGGAGCGCAAGCUGGAGAAGAAGAAACAGAAGGAACAGGAGCAAGUAAGAGCCACAAGCCAGGGUGGGGACCUGAUGUCAGACCUCUUCAACAAGCUGGUCAUGAGGCGCAAAGGUAUCUCUGGGAAAGGACCUGGAACUGGUACCAGUGAGGGGCCAGGAGGAGCCUUUGCCCGAAUGUCAGACUCCAUUCCACCUCUGCCACCACCACAGCAGCCACCAGGAGAGGAGGAUGAGGACGACUGGGAGUCCUAGGGAAGUACAGCCAGAAGGACUCUUUGGUCUGCUGGGCCUCUUGGCCACUGCUGAUGUGGUCCAGGGUGCUGGAGGACUGUCCCCGGUUGUUGCCUAGUCCCUCUUCACCGAGAGGGAUGGUAUGUGCCAUCUGCCUGGCCCUGCUGGCUCCAUGACUGCCCUACCCACCCCUCCUCCAGGUGCUCUUCUCUUCCCAGAGCCUUUGAGAGAAAAUGGCAGUGUGAAUGAAUAAAUAAGGGUCACUGGACAACUG